CGACCAGGAAGUCGAAACCAACAAAGAAAAUGGCCCUGCAUAGCCUGCAGAAUCCCCUGCAGAUACUGACAGUCAAUGCUACCUCGGGCUUUUUCACCCUACCGACCCUGGUAAUCUUCGGGGUAGGCUCUGCGGGCCACCUAGCUCCUGCUCCCAAAAUACUACUCCUGCUACCGCUAUACUGCGUACAGCGUACUACCUCGCACUAGGGACUCCUUCCUGCAAGUCCUACCGUGGUAAUCCGCUAGAAUGUUGGUUUUUGGUUACUUUCUUUCCGGGGUACGCCUGGUGCGCCAAGCUGGUUCCUGAAAAUCAUCUUGUCCGAGAACUCCCCCUUUUUUUAUUUUUCUUUUCUCCCGGUCAGCAGUCAGCACUUGCUUUCUUGCUUGCUUGUUGUUGUGGGGCAUGUAAGCUAGUUCCCAGGAACAGGUUGGAUUGGAAAUUUGAG